AUGAUACCAACAACAAACAGUGUUAAAAAUCUUUCCCAACAAUUUGAGAAAAAGCCAAGCAAUGAAACUGAUCAAAAGUAUUUGAGGACUCCAGUCAAGCCAUCAUUACUUCAAGUUCCUUUGAUUGCUUCUACUUCAAGCAGUACAAUUACCAAGGAAAGAGAGGAAGUAACUGAAUUGUCAAAAAGAAGAGCUGUCAAGAACAACGUAGAAGACAUUGACAAGAAGAACAAAGAUGCUGAAAAUUGCAAGCCAAGAAUUGAAAUGGGUGAGGCAAAAUUAAGUAUUCCUCUAACAGAGUUCAAGUUCAAGGUGGAACGUAAUGGAAGUGUUGCCCCUGAUUUCUAUGAUCUUAAAGUGGUAGAUAUUAGUUUUGAAUUUAAAAACCAUGAUGAAGCUGUUAGCAAUGAACAAGCUAUUUGCAAAUUAAGAAAAAACGAAAGAGACACUCACUUUACUCACUUUGAGUGCAAGACAGAUAUGAAUGGAAGAUUCAAGCAAGUUCUUCCUCCUGGUUUUGUGGAUAUCAACAUACCUUCUUUUGGUAUCGAGGUGAAUUCAAAGAUUAUUGAACCAGCUCAAGUGACCACUAGAGCAGAUGCUUUGAAAAUCAAUACCUCUCUCAAGACAACCAGUAAGAAUUCAAAACUUGCUGGAUCAUCUAUCAUUGAAGAGGGCCAGAUUGUUAUUCUGGGUGAUGCUUCCGGAUCAAUGAAAGGAUCUCCUUUCAAAACUUUAAUUGAUUGUUUUAAUAAUUUUGUUCAAUCCAAGGCGUUUAUUACUGGAGAUCUAAAAAUUUCCAUUGCCUUAUGGGGAUCUACAACUGAGUGGUUUAAACACAGAGACACAAUUGAACCUACUGAUUUGGAUGCUCUAAACCAAUUUCUUAAUGUGUGGUCAGUUCCAUUAUUGGGUAAUACUUUGCUUUGA